AUGUCUAGGCAUAUCGACUUCUCUCGCUGGCAUGUUGAUAUAGAUGCCUAUCUUAAUCCUUUUCUUCCAGGCCCCCCCUGGCGAUGGCUGCCUCGUCCUGUCUCUCAUUUCCUGGGAUACAGAGGCAGAAAGCCUCCAAAAGCCCUUGGAAAUAUUCUGAUUGCAUUCUGGUCUCUCGUUGGGGUUUUCUGCGGCGUACUAGUGGUUGCCGAGGUUUCUAUGCAUGUUCCAUCUUUUCGUCAGAAUGCCCCUAUUAUUGUGGCUAGUUUUGGUGCCGUCGCGGUGCUAGAAUUUUGCGCUAUUGAAUCACCCUUUGCCCAGCCACGAAAUGCAAUCCUAAGCCAACUCUUUGCCAGCGUCAUUGGCAUUGGUAUUGGAAAGCUUUUUACAUUGAAUCCAAAUGCAAAUAUUAAGCCCGAACUUGGAGGCUCUCUCGCUUGUUCCAUCACUACUGCCGUUAUGGUUUUAACAAACACUGUGCAUCCCCCUGCUGGGGCAACCGCCUUGUUAGCCGUGACGGAAGGCUCCAGUAUCGGCUGGUUUUUGAUCCCUGUUAUGCUUCUGGGAUGUGUGCUUAUGCAAUGCGUGGCCUUAUUGAUCAAUAAUAUCCAACGGCGGUUUCCGGUGUAUUGGUGGACUCCUACUCCUCUUUCACGACCGAAAAUCGAAGAUCGCGAGACUAAUGGAGUUGAAAAGGGUAAUGAUAGAGCAUCGAGUACAGAUGAGAUUGGGGCAAGUGUCCCAGCUCAGGUCGUCAUCCAAAAGGGAAAGGUUUUGGUGCCUGAUAAUAUCUGGAUUACAGCAGAAGAGAUGGAGAUAUUGGAACGAAUUAGCGAACGAAUACAGCAAUAG